AUGGGGAAGCGUCCACGUGGCUGCGCGGAAGGAGGAGGGCUGAACAGAGGAGCAUGGACGGUUCAAGAGGACAAGUUACUGACUUCUUACAUUGAGACACACGGCCAAGCCAAAUGGACACGCAUCCCUAAGGAGCUGGCUCAGAUGGUUAACUAUCUCGGGCCUGAUAUUAAAAGAGGCGGCAUUACACAAGAUGAAGAAGAACUCAUCAUUAGGCUUCAUAAGCUUCUUGGUAACAGGUGGUCUCUCAUAGCUGGAAGGCUACCUGGCCGAGCAGACAAUGAAAUCAAGAACUACUGGAACACCACUUUGGCCAAAAAGCUCAGAACACAGGCAUGUUCAAUAUCUGAACAACAUGGAACAAUGAGAUCAGCAGUAAGCAAUAAGCCUGAUGUACCAAUCUAUGAGGUAUCAAAGCAAAACAUAGAGAUGAUUUAA